ACUUGAAUUAACACGCGGGUUGACAAUUAGUCUCGCACGAUGCGUAUCUUACUUUUCACGAUUCUGUGCCUCUCUGCGAUCGCUUGUAUAACGGCGACCAAUUUUCUCCAAGGUCAACGUCAGAAAGGCGAUCAUGUCGUCACUAAUAGAACUAUUCGCAUACCUGUCGGUCGCCGGAGAGCUAGGAUAGCUACAAUCGGUAUUUCAACUCACUCAUCAGAUCAAAUUAUUAACUUCGUUAAUAUUACUAGUAUACAAGACAAAGAAGUCACUUACGUAGUGUCUAAAGGUGGCAUUGGUUUACCGUUCAUAGUAAUAAAAGCUAUUGGACAACAGAAGGAAGGAUUAAAUUUAUACGUAGAAGGUUUCGCCAAGCUUAUUCAGAGCGAUGAAAGUAGUAGCUCAUCCGACGAAUCAAGCAGCAGUUCAUCUGACGAUUCAAGCAGCAGCUCACCUGACAAUUCAAGUAGCAGUUCAUCCGACAGUUCAAGCAGCAGCUCACCUGACAGUUCAAGCAGCAGCUCACCUGACAGUUCGAGCAGCAGCUCACCUGACAGUUCGAGCAGCAGUUCAUCCGACGAUUCAAGCAGCUCAUCUGAUAAUUCAAGCAGCAGCUCAUCUGACAGUUCAAGCAGCAGCUCACCUGACAGUUCGAGCAGCAGCUCACCUGACAGUUCAAGCAGCAGUUCAUCCGACGAUUCAAGCAGCUCAUCUGAUAAUUCAAGCAGCAGCUCAUCUGACAAUUCAAACAGCAGCACAUCUGAUGAAAACAGCAAUGCAACGAAUGAAAACAGCAGCACACCUAGCAGUGCAAGUAGUAACACAUCCAAUAGUGGAAGUAACAAUACACCGAACAAUGCAAGCAGUAACACACCCAAUGAUGAAAGCAGCAGCACACCCAGCAGUGUAACUAGCAAUGCACCCGUCAAUGAAAACAGCAGUACAUCCGGUGUAAACAGCACACCUGAAAAUGAAAGUAGUAGCACAACCAAUGAUGAAAGCAGCAGCGCAUCCAAUAAUGAAAGCAACACCACUCCUGGUGAAAGCACAUCCAAUGGAGCAAGUAGCAAUACACCCAAUGAAAACAACAGCACACCCGGCGAGGCAAAUAGCAAUGCACCCAACGAUGGAAGCAGCAGCACGCCCAGUAGUGUAACUAGCAAUGCACCCGUCAGUGAAAACAGCAGUACAUCCGGUGUAAACAGCACACCUGAAAAUGAAAGUAGUAGCACAACCAAUGAUGAAAGCAGCACCGCAUCCAAUAAUGAAAGCAACACCACUCCUGAUGAAAGCACAUCCAAUGGUGCAAGUAGCAAUACACCCAAUGAAAACAACAGCACACCCGGCGAGGCAAAUAGCAAUGCACCCAACGAUGGAAGCAGCAGCACGCCCAGUAGUGUAACUAGCAAUGCACCCGUCAGUGAAAAUAGCAGUACAUCCGGUGUAAACAGCACACCUGAAAAUGAAAGUAGUAGCACAACCAAUGAUGAAAGCAGCACCGCAUCCAAUAAUGAAAGCAACACCACUCCUGAUGAAAGCACGUCCAAUGGUGCAAGCAAUACACCCAAUGAAAACAGCAGCACACUCGGCGAUGCAAAUAGCAAUGCACCCAAUGGGAGCAGCAGCACGCCCAAUAACUAAUGUAAUUAGCAACAAUGAAUUGAACGACAUUGUUAUUGUUUUUUAAAUUGAAAACUUUUGUAAAUAUAUUGUUUUCAUAUAAUCUGAAUAUGUAACAAUUAUCAUAUACGUAUUGCACAUACAUGAAAUAUAUAAAGAUUGCAUUAUACAUUAUGCAAUGUGCUAUUUAAUUAAUAUACAGGGUGUAUCUUAAAAAGCUCCCACUAAGCAAAUAGCGUUAUUCCUGAUUAAAAACCGAGUCGAAAAGUCCUGAACCAUUUUUUUUCAAGAUUCAUUAUAUAAUUAAUCAGAUUUAAGUAUUAAAAAGAUUUCUGAAAAGAUGAACUGUUUAAAAUUUGACACAAAACAGUUUAUUUUUUUGCUUAUCCAAAUCUUCAUAUGUUGAUGACGAGGAAGUUUGUCUUUUUAUUGGCGCGAACUUUACUCAUUAAUUACUGCUUUAUUAAACAUUAUGGAAAAAAAUGGUUCAGGACUUUUCGACUCGGUUUUUAAUCAGGAAUAACGCUAUUUGCUUAAUGGGAGCUUUUUAAGAUACACUCUGUAUAACGUAUAUAUAAAUCUAAUAAUACAAGUAAGAAUAUACAUGCUUUAAUUUCGA